AUGGCUGCGUUCUCCUUGGUAAGUUUGCUGAGGUGGCAGAGAACUGGCCAAUUGCAAUGCGAGGAGCACUCCGGCGCAAUGUUUGGAGGUGGCGCUGGCAGCCUGUCUGCCUUUGACGAUGUUCCGGAUGACUUUCAACUUCCAUCGGGCAGCAUACAAAAGGGUGAGAAGUACUUCAAGAAGUACUGUGCCCAGUGCCACUCCAUCUAUCCAGAUAACCGUCUUACAAGAGCUGGGCAGACGCAAAUUGGACCUACGCUGUUCAACAUUUACGGCCGUGCCAGCGGACUGGAGGAGAUUCAGAACAAGCAGGGCACAGACCGUGUUGACAACGUGCUGUGGUUGGAGGCUGCCUUGAUGAACUAUAUGAAGAACCCACGGGUCAUGGCCCAGGGGCGUGUUCAGAUGAACUUCGCUGGCAUCAAGGACUUCCAGAUCCGAGUAGACAUCGUCCAUUAUCUCAAGACAUUGGAUUGGACCAACACGGAACUUGCGAAUCCACCAGAAAAGCCAGCAAGCUUCGCACCAGUGCGGUGGAUGCAGCAGAUGGGCAGCAAAGAAUGA